UGCAGAAUGCGAGUACUGAUCUUCUCGUUUGUUCUCUCAUCAUGCUACUGUUUGAACUGGAUGAUCCCGAGGUGGCAGACAGCUGGAGCAAGGGGAUUUCUUCUUUGUAACGGUAAACCCGCUGCUCGAGCAUUUAUGCUUUUGUGUCAAAAAGGAUUUUUUUCCAUAAAAUGCCUGGAUGUCGCCGCAGCGGACAAAAAUGGAUUUUUCAAAAUUUCAGGCACUAUAUUCGAGAAAUCAAUGAAUCCACAACUCCGCAUUUACUCUUGUUGCAACCGAUGGACUCAAUCCGAAAAUAAAGGAGGUCUGCAUAUACAUUCCACCAAAGUAUAUACGUGGAACAAAAAAAGUAUGGGAAUACUGGAACGUCGAAAUUGAGCUCGGCACAGAGGCCAACUUGUGCUCACAUCCCUCCGCGCAAUGAAUAAAGUCUGUCGUCGGCAAAUUUGAGUUGUACGGGACAUGGAUUAAUGUCACAUGAACACAUCUCAGAAAUGCAUUUGUCAGGGUAAUUCUAUGCUUCUUCUUUUUUUUC